UUGGUUUGUUUUCUGCUGCAGCUGCAGUGUGUUAUGUGUUGUGUGUGGUGGCAAAUUGAUAAUUUUUGCAAUGACUGGUAACCGCUGAAUUAAUUUUUGUAUUUGAUAUUUAAUUUGGUAAACCAAGGAUUACUUUUUAUUUAUUGACAAGGUUUUUAAUUCUCGACCGAAUUAUGAUUGAAAGCGAUAGUCCAAUUUUCCAGACUCUUCUGGGUACAUUAUUUACAUGGGGUAUGACAGCAGCAGGAGCCGGUUGUGUUGUUUUCAUCAGCGGAACUCAAAGAGUGCUUCUAGACGCCAGUUUAGGGUUUGCUGGAGGUGUCAUGAUGGCUGCAUCGUACUGGUCGUUGUUAGCCCCUGCGAUAGAGAUGGCUGAGGACUCUAAACAAUACGGAGAUUUUGCCUUCCUGCCUGCCGCCAUCGGUUUCUUCCUGGGCAGUCUGUUUGUUUAUGCGAGUGAUGUGUUGAUAACAGCUUAUGGCCUACAGUCUGCUGGCGUAAUGCUUGCUUACGGAACCAAUGGAUACAACAAGAAGAUGGAUGGUUAUCAGUCAUACCCCAAUGAUGAUGAGAGACCAAUAGACACAACAACAGUGGAGGGUUUCUAUGAGGACCCGUUCUCUGGGACCCGACGCAGGGCCCCGUACACAGCUCCUGCGUCACCCCCACCAUGUACAGCCCCCACCACAGACCCCCGCACACAGUGGAAGAGACUGUUGCUGCUCAUUGUAGCCAUCACAGUCCACAACAUACCCGAGGGACUUGCCGUGGGAGUGGGAAACGCUGCCAUUGGAUCAACACCCUCGGCAACUUAUCAGAGUGCUAGAAAUCUGGCCAUAGGCAUAGGACUGCAGAACUUUCCUGAAGGUCUGGCUGUCAGUCUGCCUCUGAAGACAGCUGGCUUCUCAACCUUCCGCAGCUUCUGGUAUGGCCAGCUGAGUGGCAUGGUGGAGCCUGUGGCCGGUCUGAUAGGAGUCUUGGCCAUUUCUCUAGCCCAGCCUCUCCUGCCCUACGCCUUGGCCUUUGCUGCUGGGGCAAUGAUCUACGUAGUCUUCGAUGACAUCAUUCCAGAAGCUCAUUCAAGUGGCAAUGGCAAAGUGGCUACAUGGGGAGCUAUUGUCGGAUUUCUGGUGAUGAUGAGUCUAGAUGUAGCACUGGGGUAGACCUACACAUCUACACAUCUACAACCUGGACUGUGAACAUUCUCCUUUAGGUAUCAGUACCUAGCAAUUCGCCUUCCGUGUACAGUUGUGUAUUCAAGCAUUUUAGACCUUUGUUGAUUUCGUAUAUUAACUAAUGUUCAUUUUUUGUUUUAUUUGCUUUUUUUAAUCAAGGUAUAAUGAUCUACAAUGUUUUAAAAUUGUAUUUGAGUUAUGUUUUCAUGAGUUGUAAAUUGACGCAUUGUAUUGUUGUGUGGUAAUUAUUGUUUAUGAUUUGAUUUAGUUAACCUUAAUCUUUUUCAG